GAGAUGCCCAGGAGAUGACGGAAGAGACUUCUGGGAGUCAAUGGAUAACCAAAAGACAAGGAGGAAGCCAGCGAGAGAGCUGUGGCAAUGAAUCCAGUCUCUGUCAGGAUGAAGUCCAUGGUAUUAUCCAAAGCAAAGGAGGACUCUGCAAAGGGAAGAGAAAGAAUGACUGCCCAAUGGGACAGAAAACGUUACCGCACAAAUCGGAAUUUAGUGGUCGCUGCAAAACGCACAAAGGGGAGAGACUGUAUAAAUGCUCAGAGUGUGGAAAGAGUUUCAGUUGCAGCUCAAAGCUGGCUACCCACCACAGAGUUCACACAGGGGAGAAGCCUUAUAAAUGCUCAGAGUGUGGAAAGAGCUUCUUUCAGGGCGUACACCUUACGGGCCAUCGAAGAAUUCACACAGGGGAGAAACCAUACAAAUGUUCAGAAUGUGGAAAGAGCUUUUCUGACCAAUCGAAUCUUCGAAGACAUCAAAUGGUGCACAUGGGACAGAAACCACAUGAAUGUUCAGAGUGUGGAAAGAGCUUCAAGCAUCACCAAGAACUGUAUGCUCAUCAAAGAAUUCACACAGGGGAGAAACCGUAUGAAUGCUUUCAGUGUGGAAAGAACUUCAGUCAGAUUGCAAGCCUGACUGCCCAUCAGAGAAUACACACUGGGGACAAACCAUACAAAUGUGCAGAGUGUGGAAAGAGCUUCACUCAAGGCACGCACCUUACUUACCAUGAAAGAAUCCAUACUGGGGAAAAACCAUAUAAAUGCUCAGAGUGUGGAAAGAGCUUCUGUCAGAAGGGUACUCUCACUUCCCAUCAGAAAACCCACACAGGGGAGAAACCAUAUAAAUGUCUGGAGUGUGGAAAGAGCUUCACUAGAAGCUCAAUCCUUUCUAUGCAUAAAAAACACAUACACGAGGGAGAAGCCCCAUUCAUGUUCCAAAUGCAGAAAGAGUUUCAGUAGCAGCUCAUACCUUGCUAUUCAUCAAAGGACGUAUA